AUGGCCAGUGCUUUGAAGCAGCGCGGCAUCGCGGCAGCUUGGACAGUUGCCGGUGCUGCUGGGUGCGGAGUUGCUUACACACUCCAUCGGAACUUCGAGCAGCGCCUUCCCUGUGUCCAGCUUGCGCUGAGGAAGCUCGAGGAUCCGUCAAUAAACACAGGCCUCGGAAGCCAACUUCAAUUGAGUGCUUGGCCACGGCGUGGACACGUUGACAAAACUGCUGGCUUGAUGCGUGCGCACUUCAGGGUGCAGAGUUCCGACGGCGAUGUUGCAGAUGUCCUGGUUUCAGCCAUACGCGACAAGACAACUCACGAGGCGUCGGAGCCAAGGGAAGAAGAUGAUGAUGCAGAGGAGCAUGGCAAUUACUGGUUUCGCCCUUGGGAGUUAAAGAAAGGCUUUUUACAAAGGGUGCGACUUCUCCGACAAGGGUUUUUCAGCAGCAGCGAGGAGGAGAUGCAGCCUGCAUCUAUGUGGAAGCUUGAAACACUAGUCGUUCUGGAGGGCGAGACUUCCGCGCAGAUUCCCCGUGUGCUGCAAGGAGACCCGUCAGGAUUGCCAGAGUAUGAAACCAUGUGUGUCCGGCGCGAUGUCACCUCCAAGAGUGAUCGGUCCAGGACCAACUUGAAGAUAGCUCUCUGCUUGUCUGUCCUUGGAACCCUCGUUGCAGCGGGCAGCCGAAUGCUGAGAUCCCUUCGAAUAUCGCAGAGUUACGGCUUUGUCAGGAAGUCUGUUCUAGAAAAUCGCAGCGUGCAAGCAGUGCUUGGCCCUUCGCAGAUCGAGUCAUGUACUGGCAAAUUCACGCCCACCUUCAUCGAUGCACGUUUGCGGUUAAUAGGUUCCAGUGGAACCAUUGCAGAUGUAGUUGUUGCUGCCUCUCGCGACUCUUCACAUCAACUGUGGCAUGUCGCUGUUGCUCGCAUGACUGUAGGUGGCGUGGCAUGUAACCUUGACCUGCCAGCCCGUUGA